UCCCUUUGUGGCAUAGCAACGAUGGACGCCGCCGGGACGACGACGACCGCGUGCGUGACCGGCGCCGGCGGCUUCGUGGCCUCGUGGCUCGUCAAGCUGCUCCUCUCCCGCGGCGGCGGCGGCCGCCGCUACGCCGUCCGCGGCACCGUCCGUGACCUCGGCGACGCCAAGAACGCGCACCUGCCGGCGCUGGACGGCGCCGCGGAGAGGCUGCGGCUGUUCAAGGCCGACCUGCUGGACUACGGCAGCAUGGCGGCGGCCAUCGCCGGCUGCGACGUCGUCUUCCACGUCGCCUGCCCCGUCCUCGCCAACCACACCCCUAACCCCGAGGCUGAUUUGAUUGCCCCUGCUGUUACUGGCACGAUGAACGUCCUGAAAGCUUGCUCUGAGGCCAAGGUCAAGAGGGUUGUGAUGGUGUCCUCCGUCGCUGCCGUCAUGACGAACCCCAGCUGGCCUGAAGGCAAGCCCAUGGAUGAAGACUGCUGGUCUGACGUCGACUACUGCAGAACCACAGAGAAUUGGUACAACCUUUCCAAAACACUAGCAGAGCUUCAGGCCUUCGAUUACGCAAAGAGAAGCGGACUAGACGUCGUGACUGUCUGUCCGUCGCUGGUGAUUGGGCCCUUGCUGCAACCUACGGUGAACGCGAGCAGCUCGGUCAUAGUUGAUUUCUUGAAAGGUGAACAUGAGGUAAAGAGCAAGAUCAGAAACUUCGUGGAUGUUCGGGACCUUGCCGAUGCUCUCAUCCUGGUGUAUGAAACCCCAGAGGUCUCCGGACGCUAUAUAUGCAGUUCACAUGCAAGCAAGGUCUCCGAUGUCAUAGACCUGCUGAAGAGCAUGUAUCCUGCUUACAAAUUUGCCAACAAGAUUGUCCAUGUGGAUGACGAGCCCUCGUUUAGUUCAAGGAAGCUUGAGAUGCUGGGCUGGAAAAUCAAGCCACUUGAAGAGACCCUCAGGGACAGUGUCGAAUCAUACAAGGCUGCAGCUGUCUUGAAUUGAACAAACAAUGUUGAUUUAGUUUCUUUCAUAAGCUUGAGAUGCCGGUGGCUGAUUUCCCUGCCGAUAAUGAGCACAUUCUGGAUUUUGUUCAUUUUGUAAGUUUAUGUCAGCCUCAUUUGUAAUAUCCUGUUUUGGGACCAUCAUGGAUCAUAGCAUAUCAUAAAAAAGAACUUGAUACCACUGCAAA